UCGUCCCUGGUGGAGGCGACGUGGUAGCUGUUAGCUAGCUGGAGUCCCAUUCAGCUCUGUUUGUUUACUGUUAAAACACUCGUCUUGACUGGAUUAUUCAAGAAAUUAAAUUUUUAGUGAAAAACUGAAACCUUACUUUUACGGGGAAGUGCAGACUUUUCAAGCCACCAGACCGCAUAGUUUCACCCUCCACCCAACUGUUUCAGCUAACACCUCUCGGACCUCCACAGUCUUUGAUGUUGCUGUUGCUAACGAGCCACCUAGGUUAGCUUGUUAGCCGUCUGCUGUUUAUUCAUUAGUAACUUUUACCUAAUUACGACGCUGGAAGAAAGAUAAGAUGGGGCUAACCAUUUCAAGCGUCUUUUCUCGUCUUUUUGGGAAGAAGCAAAUGAGAAUUCUUAUGGUUGGCCUUGAUGCAGCUGGGAAAACUACAAUCCUUUACAAACUUAAACUUGGAGAAAUAGUUACAACAAUCCCAACUAUAGGCUUUAAUGUCGAGACCGUCGAGUACAAGAACAUUUGUUUCACUGUUUGGGAUGUAGGUGGACAGGAUAAAAUCAGGCCUCUUUGGAGACACUAUUUCCAGAACACACAGGGUCUCAUCUUUGUGGUAGACAGCAAUGAUCGUGAGCGUGCACAGGAAGCUGCUGAGGAGCUGCAGAAGAUGCUUCAAGAGGAUGAGCUGAGAGAUGCAGUACUGCUGGUGUUUGCAAAUAAGCAAGACUUGCCCAAUGCCAUGCCCAUCAGUGAAAUGACAGAUAAGCUUGGCUUGCAGGCGCUUAGGAGCAGAACUUGGUAUGUUCAGGCUACAUGUGCCACUCAAGGAACAGGUCUGUAUGAAGGACUUGAUUGGCUUUCCGAGCAACUCUCCAAACGCUAAACUGCAAUGGUUAAUAGUACCAGAGGUGGAUUUUAACAGAGGACAUGAUGAUCAGAAUGGACAGAGACAGGGGAAAUGACACACUUUAAUAGAGUUGAUUACCAAAUUUGACAUUGAAUCAACUUGUAACAACCUCCCCCUCCCUUCCCAGAACAGGUUGGCCAUCUUGGAAUUCCAUUUUAAUUUCUAUAAGGCUUGUGGAAUUGUGCCUAUUUUAUAUUGGAAUAUGUUGGGGGAUUAUAAAAAGCAUACUUGUAAGAUGGCUCAGAGAUCAUUGUUAUAGUUGAAGGGAAGGGGUACACACAAGCGUAAUUAUGGUGGUGAACUUUUCCUUAGGCUUUGUCUAAGCCUUUUUUUUUUCUUUCUUUUUUUUUUAAAGAUGGGAACAUUUAUAUAUAUUUUGCUUUGAAAAGACAUUCCAUUUAUUUUUGUCUUUUUUAGUUGGCAUGCAUUUUAAUCUGUGUAUUACACUUUGUUUUUUUUUUUGAAGAAAAAAAGACAUCAAAUAGGCAUAGUGAUUUUGAGAACAGAAGGCACAGUGAGCUCUGGUUAGACAGACAAUUGAGUUGCUCUGAUCAGUUUUUAUGUAUCUGAACAACUGUGAAUGUGGCUCAAGCCAACUUGUGCCUAGAUUCUAGGGGGGGGAAAUGACAGCAUAUUGAUCUUCAUAAAAUCUCAGAGAACACCUUUGUAGUUAUCAUUACCCUGACAUCAAACAGUAACUUGAAUUGUUAUACAUGCAUUAGGGAAGGUGGUCCCAGUUGGAUUUUUGUUCCCCCCAACCUUCAGAACAAUCAGCUAUGUGGGAAAAUAAGAUUUGACUGCUUAACUUACCCUUAAUAAUUUAAUUGCUUAGUGCUAAAUUCACUGAACUUGCCUGACAUGGCCAAUCUUUGUGCAAGAAAAAGUCUGUUUACUAUUGCCUUAAAAUAUGCUUAUUCUUGCUCUGCUAAUGUAUUUUUGGGUGACAGGAUUUACUUGAACUGAGGACAAAGUCAAAUGCUACAACUUUAGUAGAUGGUAAGGAAAGCGCCUUGAUACUCCAGUUGUUGGCAUUUGCAAUCCUAUGGAUCAGUUUUCAUUUUUACAUUAACCCAUCUAAAAUUCUUAAUAAAGACAAAAAAAUGUGA